AUGAGUCUUGUCAACCAACAGGCAGGCUCAGACACCAUACGUCGCCAUUUAUUCUCGCUAUCAUCAGUCUUCCGAUCCCGGGCAAGCCAGAGACCUAGCAUAACUGAUCCAGUGCAGGAAGAGCCAACUUGUCAAGAAAGGAUUCAUUACCCUGUGUUUAAUCCCUUGGAUCCUCGCCACAAUCCAGAGAUAUCGACCUCGUCGUGGCGUCCCAAUCAGCAACGGAGUUUGACUUCAGAAUCGCGCACUCCAAAAGAAUGGGUCCAAUCUGUCUCAAAACGAACUCUCCACAAAGCACGGUCAGGUUUAUUGGCGCUACGGUCGGGGUUUAGCCACCGUUCAAGUGAAGAAGACAACCCCGAGAAAUGUUUCGUUGGCCCCGUUGCUCUGAGACAGGAAAGACAGCGCCAAGCGAUUUCAUCCGAGGCGUACACUUCGGAUACACAGGAGGACGUGAAUUUCGGCGCUGAACUAUCUCGCAUGCACCUUCCACCGUCUUCGCCAUCGUCCAGUACUGAAGUGGGGUCUCUUAUCCGCGUCAGGUCUCUGGGUUCGAUACCUGACUCGUUCGCAACAUUUCACGGAGCUGCAUCUUCACCCUUAUUUUACCCACCCAGCCGAGCUGUAAGUAAUUCGGGUGUGAACUCGAGAUGUACACUAGCCACCGACCAUAAUCUUGCCUUCCAAUUUGGUGAAACUGGAGAUUUGGAGGCAAAUAUGGACUCUGAAGAUCACUUCGCUCACACCAUGCCAUCGACAGAGAACCAUUUGACACAACAGACAUGGGGCGUUGCAAUCUCUACUGAUGGAGAGAUUAAAAUGUCCUCCCAUGACCUGCCAGAUCCUGGGUCUAUUUGUGAAGAGCAGGAGCAGCAGGCAACAAAUCUUCACCAGCAAAAUAUCAGACAUGCAAGUUCAGAUACAGAAAUCAGUGAUUAUCAACCAAGUUUAGCUCCCAUCUCGAGACAGUCUUCCGCCGAAGUUCGAUUUGCAUUUCCAGGAAUAUAUCAGGAGACGCUGCACCAGUGGGGGAGACAACAUGAUAGUCCCAGCCCUAGUCAACACACUCCCAAUCCCAGUGCAGAAAGUCCCAACACCAGUCGACACAGUUCCAGCCUCGGCCAGCACCGUCCCAAUCUUAGUGAAAACAGUCUCAGGCUUCAUGAACAAGAACAAACCCCGUGCACUUCCCCAAACCCACUCAAAUGCAUUGUGCUUCAGGAUGACACAUACAACAACCUGCCUCCAUACAAUGAAAUUGAUGAAAGCCUCAUACCUUUGGUACCCUCACAAACCCCGAUCAACCGUUCUGAAGAGAUGCAGCCCUUUUCUUAUCUCAAUCCCCUUAAUUUUAUCUCCAACCGGAACUUUGGCGAAAGAUGGCCGUCUACCUCCGAAAGAGCAACCACACAGCGGUCAAGUGUUGAAGAUGAUUCAAGCCGUUCCACACCCGCUGAUACCACAUCCCGGGAUCUCACAUCAACUGAAAUGACUUCAAUGGAAUCAAUGACGAACGAUACAUGGUCCCCAUGGUCCCCCGUCGAGUCUGAACUUCUUUUCCCAAGCCCAGUGGAGGAUGGAAAUGGGUAUUUUCUUGUUGACGGCAAAACAAGCAGCCAGUAUCCCGACAGCGGCAAUCAACCAGUCAAAUCUGCACAGCAUAGCACCAGCAACUAUAAUACCACCAGAGCACCUCAACAACUAAAUAGGCUAAUCUCUCCGGGGAUCAUGUCCCAACCGCUCAUCCCUGAUGGCAUUCCUGGUGCAGGAUUGGACUUUGUGGAAGAUGAUACGGAUGACGAGUUUUACCCUGGAAUUGUGCAUCCAAGACAGUUUUGGUGA